GGCCCCUGCGGCUCCUCCCUCCGAGCGCAGCGGUGGGGGAUGCCUGCCGGCAUGUUCAGCAUCGACAACAUCCUGGCGGCCCGACCCCGCUGCAAGGAGUCCUCCGCCUCCUCCGCCGCCGUGGUGCUGCAGCCGCAGAGCGCCGCGCCCGUCGUCUUCUCGGCCAGCCUGCACGGGGGGGACUCGCUCUACGCCUCGGCCGCCGCCGCCGCUGGCGACUACGGUGGAUACUACCCGCGGGCCUUGGCGCCCGCUUCCAACCUGCCCGCGCUCGGGGGAUCUAGGCUGGGCGGCUACGGCAACUACUACUACGGGCAGCUCCACGUCCAGGCGUCCGCCGUCGGCCCGUCCUGCUGCAGCGCCGUGCAGCCUCUGGGGGCUCAGCAAUGCUCCUGCGUCCCGGCCACAGGCUAUGAAGGUACCGGCUCGGUUCUCAUGUCUCCCGUGCCCCAUCAGAUGCUGCCCUAUAUGAACGUGGGCACCUUGUCCCGGACUGAAUUGCAGCUACUGAAUCAGCUCCACUGCCGGAGAAAAAGGAGGCACCGGACCAUCUUCACGGACGAGCAGUUGGAGGCUCUGGAAAACCUCUUCCAGGAAACCAAGUAUCCAGAUGUGGGGACCAGGGAACAGCUGGCCAGGAGGGUGCAUUUGCGAGAGGAGAAAGUGGAGGUUUGGUUCAAGAACCGCCGGGCUAAAUGGAGGAGACAGAAGCGGUCUUCUUCGGAGGAGUCCGAAAAUGCCCAGAAAUGGAACAAAGCUUCCAAAACAUCCCCGGAGAAGAGACAAGAAGAAAACAAAAGCGAUUUGGACUCCGAUAGCUGAUACCUUUCCCCCCCCCACGGAGGGAAGCUUCACUUUGGCCGCGGGACGGACUAAUCUUUGUCUGUAACUACUUGCACCGAAGAGACUCUCAGAAAAUUCUUGCACAGACUCUGCGUCAGCAGGAGGCGGGGGGGAGAGACUUCUCGUAUUUGUAUAUAGUGUACUUGACCCGGGGAGCGAUCCCGUUUAAAUAAAAAAGCGUGUUUGCGGAGGUG